AUGCCAGUAUAUCGUUCUGCUAAUAUAAGUCCAUCUGAAAUGAUAAUUGAUGUUUGGGAUUAUAUAUUUUUUGUUGAUAAAUCCUAUAGUUCAUUAAAAACAAAUAUUUCUAAAGAGAUUCUUGAUUGUCUUCGAAAUGAAUUUCAAUAUUGGUAUCCUGUUGAUUUAAGAUCAAGUGGCAAAGAUCUGAUACCAAAUCAUUUAACAUUUCCUUUCUAUAAUUAUGUUGCUAUUUGGCCUAAAAACGAAGAUAAUCGAUGGCCAAAAGCAUUUUGUGCUAAUGGACAUAUUUUCUUAAAUGAUAAAAAGUAA